AUGUCGACCCCACCCCCUCUAACGACAGAAGUCCUAAAAGUCAACCCCGACGACAUCAUCUUCCCCCCCGACGCCGAACAACCCACCCUCAACCCCACCAGCGCAACCGCGCAAAACCUCGAGCGCGCCGCAGAGCUGCUACGGAAGCACACCGCCCCCGUGGCUUUCCCUACCGAGACAGUCUACGGCCUCGGCGCCGCAGCGACCAGCACGGCCGCGGUCCGCCAGAUCUUUGCCGCGAAGCAACGACCGAGCGAUAACCCGCUGAUUGUGCACGUGAGCUCGGUCGCGCAGCUCAGACGCGUGCUGGGGAUCGAGGUGCCGCAGAUCUAUCGCCGGCUGGUGGAUAAGUUCUGGCCGGGCCCGUUGACGAUCAUUUUGCCGCUGCCGAGGGGGACGGUGGUGAGUCCUGCGUGCACGCCGGGCCAGACGACGGUGGGCGUGCGGAUGCCUGCGCAUCCAGUUGCGCGGGCGUUGAUUGCGAUCUCAGACACGCCGCUCGCUGCGCCCUCUGCGAACGCGUCGACAAAGCCGUCGCCGACGACGGCGGCGCAUGUGUUGGCUGAUAUGGCGGGGCGGAUCCCGCUCGUGCUCGAUGGCGGGAGCUGUAGCGUUGGCGUCGAGAGCACGGUGGUUGACGGGACGGUGAGGCCGCCUGCGGUGUUGAGACCCGGCGGGGUGUCGGUUGAGAUGAUUAGAGAGGUCGGCGGGGAGGAGUGGAAGGAUGUGGUGGUGGGGAAGAGCGAGGCGGGGAAGCAUGAGAGCGUGAGGACGCCGGGGAUGAAGUAUCGGCAUUAUUCGCCGCGGGCGCGGGUUAUUGUUUUCGUGGGCGCGGGGGAGGGAGGGCGGGUUGUGAAGGAGUAUUUGGAACGUACGGAGAGCAGCGAGGUCGCGGUGUUGACGAGUAAGCUGUUCGAGACGAGCGGGUGGGAUGACUCUACAAGGUCGCGGAUCAAGACGAUAAGGUCACUAGGCACGACCGGUGCUGAUAUCGCGAGGAAUCUAUUCGCCGGUCUACGGGACGCGGAUGAGGAGUUACAGGCUGAGAAUAGUGAUAACAGCAAAGCAGUGAUCUUGGUCGAGGGCGUCUCGGACGACGACGAGGGUGCUGCGAUUAUGAAUCGGUUGCGGAAAGCGGCGAGCGAGAUUUAUGAGGACGGGGAGUGGACUGUGAAAGAAUCCAGCUAG